UUCUUCAAAAUUUCUUGUAGUCUCCAAAUUUGUCGGAAGAGGCUGAUUGCAACGGCUGCUUAAAUGGAGGCAACAGAGCCUAGCCAAUGGCAGCUCCGCCGCGGGCAGUAUCUCGGAGAAAUAUCAGCACUCUGUUUCCUCCGUCUUCCCGCCAAUCUAUCCUCUCUACCUCUCCUUCUAGCUGGGACCGGCUCUUAGAUUCUGGUCAACGAUUUGGCGAUUGGAGCGCCGCUGAAGUCGUUUGAAGUCUUUGAAGGGAUUCGUGUUCAUGGGAUCUCUUUGGAGAAUUUUCACAAACAGUUGGCGGGUUCUGCUGUUUCUUUCCGGGUUUGUGUUUAUGGGGAGAGGAGAGUUAAGCUUUUCACCUUGCGGGUUGAACCGAGCGGCAAGCAGGAGCCUUUUCUGCAUUUGGAGCUGACUCUUAUUCACUCGCUGCCUAAAUUUAGGCAUUGGGUCAUGGACGUUUGCUUCUUGAAGGAUGGUGCAACUGCGAGUGAGGAUCCCCGUUACCUCGCCAUCGGAUGCAGUGACAAUUAUGUAUACUUCUGGGAUAUCUCAAGAUACAAUAUGUAUUCUGAAGUUAAAUAUGCCGAGAGGUGUCUGUUGUACUCAAUGAAGAUGUUUGGGGAUGAUAUUGACUCUCUUCGUAUUGCUUCUGGUACUAUCUUCAAUGAGGUAGUUGUUUGGAAAGUCAUUUGUCAGAAUGGUGCCAAACAACCUGGAAGUCAUGCGGAAGAUCAUUUGCAGCUGAACAGUGACGAGGGCUUCUCCUAUCCUGGCCAUAAAGAUGCUCUUAUAAGUAGGCUUGUAGGGCAUGCAGGUUCAAUUUUUCGUAUUGUGUGGUUCUCUAAUGGGACUAAACUUGUUUCUGUUUCUGAUGACCACAGUGCUCGUAUUUGGAAGGUUCAGGCAGAGAAAGGAAUUUCAUGCAGUGCUGCUCAGGAACAGGUCAAUCAAAUUGAGGGCCCUGUUCUAUUUGGGCAUAAUGCAAGAAUUUGGGACUGCUGUAUAUUUGAAUCUGUAAUCAUCACUGCUGGUGAGGACUGUACAUACCGUGUUUGGGACCAUCAUGGCAGAGAACUCAAGGAAAUCAAAGAGCAUAUUGGGAGGGGAGUAUGGCGGUGUUUAUAUGAUCCCGGCUCUUCACUUCUAGUUACUGCUGGUUUUGAUUCAGCAAUAAAACUUCACCAGCUUUGUAUUUCUAAUGAAGGAAUAGAGAAAACAGUUGCAUCAGAGGAUUUCAGUGAUAGAAAGGAAGCGUUUGCUCUUUCUAUACCAAAAUCAUCAUCAUAUGGUGGGCUCAUGGACAGCAAAAGUGAGUAUGUCCGCUGUUUGAACUUUUCGCGUGAAGAUUCACUUUAUGUGGCUACCAACAAUGGUUAUCUGUACCAUGUUAAUCUAUGCAAUACUGAAGCUGCCAAGUGGACUGAACUUGCUCGUAUCAGUGAGGAAGCACCAACCAUCUGUAUGGACUUAUUAUCAAAAUGUUCUGACACCCCAGACAGAUGUGAAGAUUGGAUUGCUGUCGGGGAUGGGAAAGGCGGAAUGACAAUUGCUCGUGUAGUUGGAACUGGUUGGAAAGUAGAAGUUGAAUUUACUUUUACUUGGACAGCUGAAGAAGAGAGACAUCUCUUAGGAACUUAUUGGUGCAAGUUGCCAGAAGCUAGGUUCAUUUUCACUGCUGAUCCCAGUGGUAGACUGAAGCUAUGGAAGCUAUGCCACAAUUCGCACUCUGCUUCUCUUAUUGAUAAAGGAAGUUAUGAUGUGUGCUUAAUUGCAGAGUAUGCUUCAUGCUUUGGGAAGAGAAUAAUGUGUCUGGAUGCUUCAUUCGAUGACGAGUUGAUAGUAUGUGGCGACAUUCAUGGUAAUCUGGUACUGUUUUCUUCACCAAGAAUCCUACUCAGCAGUAAUCUGCUACCAGAAGUCAAAGAAUCACCUGUGAAUUAUUUCAAAGGUGCUCAUGGAGUGUCAAGCGUUAACAGUGUUUCUAUUUCUAGACUGUUGUCUGAUGAAGUCGAUAUACGCUCGACGGGAGCAGAUGGAUGCGUAUGCCAUUUUCAGUAUGAAAGGGAUCUGCAAAGCAUGGAAUUCAUAGGGAUGAAACAAGUCAAAGAAUUAGGCGCAGUACGAUCUGUCUUCACCACAGACGGUUGUGAUGACUCUGUUGUUUCCGAAUAUGCUGUUGGUUUUGCAUCAGAUAAUUUCAUAAUAUGGAAUUUGACUUCAGGAACAAAGGUCCAACAAAUUACUUGUGGUGGUUGGCGGCGUCUGCACUCGUAUUAUCUUGGCCACUUGCCUGAGAUGAUGAACUGCUUUGCUUUUGUUAAGGAUGAUGUCAUAUAUAUUCAUAGACACUGGGUGCCUGAAAAUAAUAGAAAAAUAUACCCUCAGAAUCUUCAUUUGCAAUUUCAUGGGAGGGAGAUUCAUUCGUUGUGCUUUAUCCAUGAACAAUCAUUGUGCAGUCAAGAUGAAAACCGUGGAUUGGCUGCCAAAUCUAGUUGGUUAGCUACCGGUUGUGAAGAUGGAACAGUGCGAUUGACUAGGUAUGAGUUAGGCAUGGAGAAUUGGUCGUCCUCCCAACAUCUCGGGGAACAUGUUGGUGGAUCUGCUGUACGUUCAAUAUGCGCUGUGUCAAAGAUGCAUGUAUUCAUGCCUGAUCCCUCUAAUAUCCGUAAUGUAGUUUACAGACAAACUGGGAUUGUAAAUGGUAGAGAUCCUUUUAUAUUAAUCUCUGUUGGUGCAAAAAGGGUUGUCACUGCUUGGAAACAAACAGUGACAACAAUAAAAAACAGGGUGGAUGCUAUUAGCAGUGAGAUGAACAAGAACAAUGAAAAUAACUCCUCCGAUUCAUCAGCAGCAACCAUGUCUUCAUUGUCUUUCCAGGGGCUCUCAACGGAUAUGCCAUUGAGACACAACAGUAACAUGAAAAGACAAGACAGCAACAAUGUUUCUGAAACACCUGAAGAUGGUAUAGUUACAGCCUCGAAUGCUAUUCCUUGUGAAUCAGUUUCUCCAGAAUGCAGGAACACAGAACCAAACCUCUACCCUGUAGAUAAUUUUGACAAUGACUGGAGAUACCUAGAUGUCACUGCUUUUAUUGUAAGAGAGGCUGGAUCCAGGUUUUCUGUCUGUUUUGUUAUUGUGGCUUGUUCAGAUGCUACGGUUACCCUGAGGGCUCUUGUGUUGCCUUUUCGGCUCUGGUUUGAUGUUGCCUCUUUGGCUCCAUUGUCAUCACCUGUGCUAUCUUUGGAGCAUGUUGUCACUCCUAGACUUCUAUCAAAAGGUGUAUGGACGGACGGGAGUUGGGUUUUUUCUGUUGGUCUUGAUCAGCGAGUCAGGUGUUGGAAUCUUAGUCACGAUAAACUUACAGAGUGUGCCCAUUUGAUCAUCAAUGUGUGCCCGAGCCAGAAUCAUUAGACGUUAAAAUCUGUGGCAGAAAUCAUUAUCAGAUUGCAGUUGCUGGAAGGGGAAUGCAGAUGAUAGAAUUCCGUCCAACAAAUUGGGUGGAUAUCGAAAUGUAGGCUGCUUUGUCUGGGGGGGCGUCGACCAUUAUCCUCAUUGUCACAGAAUCUGCUACUUCUGGAAUGGUUGCAUGCUCAACCCUGCGUAGAGUCUAGAUUCGGCUGCACGUCCCGCAGAUUCAGAAUCAUAUUGAGGUUGCAGAAACCUUCUACCAAGUGCUGUUUUUUUAUAUGUCACAACUUACAAAAGGCUGGGAUUCAUAGCCACCUAUACAUGAAUGUUUUCUGCUCUCUCUCAACAAAAGGUUGUUUUGCCAACUCUUGAUGCUGACAAAUUGCCAUCUCCUUUGAGUUGGUAACUAUGUAAUUGCAUCUAUUUUAAUUAUUUCUUUUGGUUGGUGAGCAGAUCAAACUCCCAUAUGAUAUUGUCACAAAAAUCAAUUUUAUUUUUAUUUAUUUAAUUUGGUUGGUGGUUGUCUUA